AUGGAUGAUUUUCAAUAUCAACAACCUCAACAUUUUCGAAUAACGAACAAACAGCGUGAAGAAGAAAAAAAAAGAAAAACAGGUUCUUGCGGUGGUAUUCCUGAUCGAUGGCUUGAUUAUUUAGGUGUUAAUUUAUGGAUUGAAAAUACUCGUUUCAUUGCAUUUAAAUGUCCACUAAAACCGGAAAUGCAAAAGCAUUUGACUGACGAACGACGUUUUACAUUAGGUGAUAUUGUUGAAAAACUUGAUGAUCAAGGAAAAGAACUUGGCUUAAUAAUAGAUCUAACAAAUACUGAUCGAUACUAUAAAGCGGCCGAUAUUGCUGAUGCACAAAUUCAAUAUCAUAAAAUGAUGACACCCGGUCAUAAUCAAAUUCCAAGUGAAGCAUGUUAUCAACAGUUUGUUAAUGUUGUACGAACUUUUCUUGAAGAAAAUAAAAAUAAUGACAAAUUAAUUGGUGUUCAUUGUACACAUGGACUUAAUCGGACAGGUUAUUUAAUUGUUAGAUAUAUGAUUGAACAAUUGGACUUUGAACCGAAUGAAGCUUUAGAAGCAUUUAAUCGUGCUCGUGGUCAUUCCAUGGAAAAAUAUACUGAAGAUCUAUUAAAACGCAAACCACUUUCUAAAACUACACAAUCAACUACUUCUCUAUUGACUUCAGCUUCAUCAUUAGUAUUAACUAAUAAUAAUACCACCACAGUCAACAACAAUAAUAAUAAUAAUGAUAAUAGCAGUGCCAAUGGAGAUCAAAUACAAUGGCCAACAUUAUAUUCUACAAUAGAAAGUAUGUCAUUAAAUGGACGAUAUACACAAAAACAACAAAAAUCUCAACCAAUUCCAAGCUCAAUAUCAAUGCAGGAUUAUAAAAAUCCCGUUGAACAACAACAGAUACGUUCAACUAGUUCAGCUUCUAUGCGUCAUGGGAACGAUCUAUUAAAGUCUCGAGGUCAUGGACGUACAAAUAAUAGUCAACAGAAUGCGACGAAUAAUCAUUUCUAUCGACAAACGUCAGUAACCCCUCGUAUUUUAAAUUCAUCACACCGAGAAAAUCAAACUUCUAUUCAAUCAUCAUCAACCUAUUAUGGAUCGGGUAGUAAUGUUGGUCGAGGUCGACCAAUGACCGGUGAUCGUUAA